AAGCCUGGUUCUGGAGCCGGCAGUGAGUUUGCGUUUGCGGGCGACGGAUCAAAGCCUGCUGUAGACGGAGCCGCUGGGGAGGGCGUUGACUUCAUGGGAGCUUCCUGCUCCCCGGACCCAGGAAACGACGCAGUGGGAGAGUGUGGAAAGAGGCUGAGUGAGCCUUUAUGGGCCUCUGAAGACCUCAGCUGUAGGUCAGAGAUAAGAGAGGACGUACCGGCUGGCAGGGGGAGCCCCGAGUGGACUGGAGCUGUGGACCCUCAGAGGGCGAUCAGCCUGGACGCGCCCGAGUGCGUGGCUGAAAUUAGCAAUCUGUCUCUAGUUCGCAGCACGGCUCUGGAGGACCUGACGUCCAUCGGAGACAAACGCUCGUGGGUCAGUCAGGGAGAGGAGAUCGUCUCUGAACAAACAGCAGCUCUGAAGUCCAGCAGCCCAGAAACACAACAGCCCCCUUACACCCAAAGUCUGCCACAGCCUAGCUUUGAUUCUCCUUCAGAGGAUCUUCGUAGCAGUAGGAACGUUUCUGAGAUGGAUAGACUUUUUACCCAAAUGCCGUCUGACUCGGCCGCUGAAAACAGUGACUCAUCCUUACGUAGAGCCGGCUGUUCAAAGCCCGACAUUUCUAAUGACUCAGACAUGAGGAGCAAUGUGGCUCAGACCACCGGUACCGCUGAGCUCCAGAAAACACCCCCCCAGCCAGCCAGAAAGUCUAUGGUGCCGGUUCCUAUUUUCAAAGGUCUGUUUGCUGUCAUAUUCACCAAGUUCAGAGUCCUCUUCAGUUAACUCCUUCCACUUCUUUCAUUUACAACGCAGCUUCUACCGUUUGCUAUGCUGCACUCUCCCUCCGAAUUCUUUCUAUGGACGUUAAACUUUGACCCAAGGAGAAGCUUGUUGUCCUCCCUCCCCACUUUUAGAUUUUUGUUUCAUCUCUCCAUCUCUGCUCACUCUGCUGGUUAUGCAGCCCAACCCCCCUCCUCCCCCGCCAAAAUAAAAGCCACUGUUUUUGUUUUGUCCCGAGAGCACUUUCUUUGUGUCACCGUGCAUGCUGCAUCAACCCAUCACCAAGAGUUUUUUUUACUGUGUUUUCUUUGCUGUGAGAAUGUGUUUAGGCACACACUUGGAGGUAAAAGUUAACCUACUUCACUUGGGUGGACGUAAAGUAGAAAUUAGAGACAUUAAACUUAAAAGAAUUGGGUCAGAAUAUAAAGUCUGCCUCUCUCUUCUGUCUGCAGCUCAAGCAAAGAUGGAUAACGGCUCUGCAGAUAAG